AUGGGCUCCAUCCUGAGUCGUAGGAUUGCUGGUGUUGAGGAUAUCGAUAUCCAGGCUAAUUCGGCCUAUCGAUUUCCUCCUAAAUCUGGGAAUUAUUUUGCAAGCCAUUUCUUUAUGGGUGGAGAGAAAUUUGAUACUCCUCAUCCAGAGGGAUACCUCUUUGGGGAAAACAUGGACCUGAAUUUUCUUGGAAAUAGGCCAGUGCAGUUUCCAUAUGUGACACCUGCACCCCAUGAACCAGUGAAAACCUUGAGGAGUCUGGUUAACAUCCGGAAGGACUCGCUCCGUUUAGUGAGAUACAAAGAUGACUCGGACACCUCGCUGGAGGAUGGCGGAAAACCCAAGGUUCAGUACGGCGUGGAGUUUACCUUUGAUGCUGAUGCCAGGGUUGCCAUCACUCUUUACUGCCAGGCGUUUGAGGAGUUCUCCAAUGGAAUGGCUGUGUACAGUCCAAAGGAUCCAACCUUGGUCUCUGAAACGGUUCACUACAAGCGAGGAGUGAGCCAGCAGUUCUCCAUGCCCUCCUUCAAAAUAGACUUCAGCGAGUGGAAAGAGGAGGAUCUAAACUUUGACUUGGACAGAGGAGUCUUUCCUAUGGUGAUCCAAGCUGUGGUUGAUGAAGGAGACGAUUGUCUUGGACACGCUCAUGUGCUUUUGGCAGCAUUCGAAAGACACGUCGAUGGCAGUUUCUCUGUAAAGCCUCUGAAGCAAAAGCAAAUUGUGGACCGUGUCAGCUAUCUCCUCCAGGAAAUCUACGGGAUUGAGAACAAAAACAACCAAGAGACCAAGCCGUCUGAUGAUGAGAACAGUGACAACAGCAACGAGUGUGUUGUGUGUCUGUCAGACCUCAGAGACACACUCAUCCUGCCAUGCAGACAUCUGUGUCUUUGCAACUCCUGCGCCGAUACUCUGCGCUAUCAGGCCAAUAACUGUCCCAUCUGCAGGCUGCCCUUUAGAGCCUUGCUGCAGAUCAGAGCUGUGAGGAAGAAACCUGGAGCACUAUCUCCUGUGUCCUUCAGUCCCGUUCUGGCUCAAACUAUGGACCACGAUGAGCACUCCAGCUCAGACUCUGUCCCUCCUGGUUUUGAACCCAUUUCCCUGCUGGAAGCUCUGAACGGUCUGCGGUCGGUGUCUCCUGGCAUCCCUUCUGCCCCACUGUAUGAUGAAAUCAACUUCUCAGGGGGUCUGGGAGGCGAUAGCCGACAGCUGAGCUCUCCAGAGCAUUUAAGCGACGGGAGUCUUCAGAAAGGAAAAGUCAGCAAGUCACCUGACAGCACUCUUAGAUCGCCAUCCUCUCCCAUCCAGGAGGAGGAUGAGGAGAAGCUGUCUGAGAUGUCCGAUGCGCAGCCACACACCCUGCUCUCCAGCAGCCCCGCCCCCACAGAUGCUACAGCUACUGAAGACGUAGCAGAAUCCCUUUCUCCAGAUGAUGAUGACAGAAUGCCUUCUGGAGGAGACAUCCUGCAGGACUGCAGCAGCGAGCACUGCAGCUUAACCAAAACAGAAAGCGACCCGACAGGCGAUCUGUCUUUACCCGCUCUAGGUCCCGAUUCCUGCUCCAUUGGUAUGGAGGAGUAACUGCGGUUCAUCGGAUUCAACUGAAAGUCUAAAAAGUCAGAGCACAAAUUGCUCCAGCCAGCCUCUCCUGUGUCCCACGAGCAGCCUUCACAUGGAAGAUGAACAUUUCAAUUGACUCAAACUCGCUUCGCUUUACUACAACCAUCCCGUCCUUUCAUGACUUUCACUCCACUAAGCUUCAGGAAUCAGUUUUAAUAAAAUUUGAUGCCAGACAUGGGGGUGAAAAGAAAGGAUUAGGAAGGACUGUUCAUCAUUCCUUCAUCAUGUCAGCUUAACAGAAGGAAAUCUAUCCCAUGGGUUCUUAUUUGAUGACCGCUAUAUCUUUAUCCCCCAUUUUUGAAAAACAUUUAAAUAACUCAUAUUAUUCAGUAACUUACCAUCCCAACACUAUAUUGAGCAGAACCUCUAAAUGCAGUUUGUACUUAUGUUUUGUAACUAUCAGAGAAACACUAAUGAUUGAUCUGAGAAGAAUUUGUUUGCUGGGAGAGCUUUACCGUUGUCCGUCUCCAUUUCCCAUUGAUUUUUGCACUCCAACUAAAUUGUUUAUUCAUUCCUUUUAAUGAAAGAAUAUUUUUGCUGUGUCUAAUUCAAAGUUUUAGCAUGCCGGUUUAAUUUUCUGAUCAUAAAGUUACUAGAACGAUGUGUACUUAAAGAUCUUGCUUAUUAUAAAUAUAUAUAAAUGUAUAGAAUUCUAUAAUGUUUAAGUGACAAAACUAGAUUCUGGUGAACAUGCACAUUAUUUAUGCGGUUGGUAAUAAGAGCUACAGAUGAAUUCUGUAGUUAGAGCCUCGAUCAAAGCGAUUUACGAAAACAAGGCAGGCUUACUAGUCAGUGAUAUGGCUGAUAGCUGUACAGUCUUAUUGUGACAACCCAAGUGUUUGCUUAUCGUGUAGCUGCUAAACCAGGAGUCGUGUUCAUGUGGCAGCAGCAGCUUUAGUUUCCUUGGUGCAGUAUGUGUAGCAUCAUGCAUAUAGAUCUUUGUGCCUUGAAUUAAUAUGGCUGCUUGCUUCUCACAACUUUCCCACAAAUGCUACAAUAUACAGCAGCUCCACAGCACAGACAGGUUUUAGGAGGCUAAUGUACAGAACUUUUUAAAUAUUUCAAGUUUCAUGCGGCAGGAAGAGAAGAUCUCGUUAUUGUCAUCAAAUAAUUUUCAGUCAGAUUGUUGCUUUACGUCGUUAUAUCCAAGUAUUAAUUAUGAAUUUUUUUUUUAUUUCAAGUAUUUGGGUUUGAGUGCAAUUGUGUUUGUGUUACUAGAAGGAGCACAUCU